AUGCCAGUACCUUAAAUCACUGUCGUUACUGAUAGGACGCACUUGUCUCAGGUGGAGUGUGCACCUUGCUGUUUUGUAAUACACCUGUCUACUACCGGAAGUAGUGACGAUAUUUUUCCACGCGCAAGCGUUUACCUCAGGGAUGUCUCGCGGUUCAGGAAUUAUUCCAGAUGAGUCCAUGUUUAAUGAAUUCAAAAAACAAUGUGUGUCGACGGAGAGUUGGAUCAGCAAGUACGAUAAGAAUGGCAUGGUGGUCUGGGUCGAGGUGGCGCUAUCCUCGUCCCAAGGAAACAAAGGCAGCUAUUCCAAAGUGCACAAAAUCAAGUGUAGAAUAACCAUAAAUGAUGUGUCGGCUGCUACUAUGUACGAUGUGCUUCUCGACAGCCAGUAUCGGAAGACAUGGGACCCUACAAUGCUUGAGAGCUUUGACAUAGCUCGUUUGGCACACAAUGCUGAUGUGGGCUACUAUUCAUGGCUUUGUCCAAAACCAUUGAAGAACAGAGAUGUGGUAACCCUGCGCACAUGGCAGGCCAAUGAGGACGAGUAUGUGAUCAUUAACUUCUCUGUGAAGCAUCCGAAAUAUCCUCCACGUAAGGAUUUGGUAAGGGCAGUUUCCCUUCUGACGGGUUACCUCAUCAAACCAACAGGGCCUAACAGCUGCAUUUUCACAUACCUCUCACAAGCUGAUCCCAGAGGGUCUCUUCCAAAAUGGGUUGUCAACAAAGCAUCUCAGGUCCUGGCUCCAAAAGUCUUAAGAAGUGUUCACAUGGCAGGUCAAAAAUACCCCGCAUGGAAGGCAGCAAAUUCUCCUGACCACAAGCCAUGGCUGUACCCCAUACAGAGUGAACUGCCCAUGAUGGAUCCAGCAGAGUUGUCCAUCCAGCGUGGAGACUCACUGGAAAACGUGGAUGAGAGCUCAACCAAAGAUGCCCAACAGAAUGAAGACAGCAGCUAAAAUGGCUCCACAAAAAGGAAAUGUACGGACAGUCUUUAGACUCCGUGUCCAUGUCACUGGGUCGAUCCACCCCACUUAUAUGGUCAGCUUUGUGUUGUUGACACCAAAUAUUCCUCCCUCUUGCACACAGAAAUUGUUUACAGACAUUGUGCUCUGCACUGUAGAGUUAUCACUUUAGUAUGUGUGACCAAUGAGUAAUAGGAAUAUCCAUUUGAUGUUUACCGCGUAACUUGACACUCACUACGCACAAAGAUAAUCCUUAACCUAAAAUGUCUUUUUUUUUUUUUUCUUAUGGCAGCACACACACAAUGUAAUGAUGCUUCAUCAAACAAUAGAAAAUACUAUACAGUUCUGCUCCUUAAUUUAAAACACUUUUAAGGUGGCCAGUUAUCUAAUAACUUUUUUUUUAUUUUUUUUUUGCUUUUGUAAUUUAUUAUUAAAUUGAAAUCCAACUGACAUUUUGGAAAUGCAGUUGAAUAGGAUUUGUAAUUCUUUAAUUUGUAGAUUUAAUUGUCAUCUUAAAAUAUCUCCAUAGUAGGGGAGAGAUAAAUUGAAAUGUCAUUCUUAUGUUUGAGUAUUUAUUUUGAGUGCCUUUUUAAAGACGUGUGUCCAUAUUGGCAUGUGUGCAAGAAUGACUGACACCAAACAACCAGGGGAGAACUAUGUAUAAUGUCUCUGUAAUAUGACCAAAACAGUGGUUUUCCUCAGAUUUAUUACUUGAUGUGGUAUUUGAGAUUCCUGCAACAGGCAGAGGAAAAUGUCAUGAUAGAGCAGUUCUGUACACUUAAAUUAUGUUCUGUGUGUUAAACCCUUAAGCAUGAAAAGAAACAACAUAUUAAUUUUAAAGGGAUAGUUCACCCAAUAAUUAAAAUUCUAUCAUUUACUCACCUUCACGCCAUUCCAGAUGAGUAUGACUUUUCUUCAGCAGAACACAAAUGACAUUUUUUUUUGAAGAAUUUCGCAGAACUUUUGGUCUCAAAAAUUUUGAAGCUCCAAAAAUCACAAAAGCCUGCAUAAAAGAAAUCCAUAAGACUCCAUUGGUUAAAUCCAUAUAUUUAGAAGUGAUAUGAUAGGUGUGGGUGAGAAACAAUAUUUAAGUCAUUUUUUGCUGGAAAUUCUUCUCCCUGCCCAGUAGGGGGCAUAUGCAUGAAAAAUGUGAAUAGUAAAAACAAAGAAAAAUAAUGGUAUAGUAAAAAUGUAUUACUUUAAUGCUGACUUGUGUGAUUUUUGGAGUGUAAAAAAUUUGGCACCCAUUUAAUUGUAUUGUAUGAACCUACAGAGCUGAAAUAUUCUUCUAAAAAUCUUAAUGAGUGUGCAGAAGUAAGAAAGUCAUACACAUCUGGGAUGGCACGAGGGUGAGUAAAUAAUGAGGGAAUUUUCAUUUUUGGGUGAACUAUCCCAUUAACACACAUGUGAUGCUAGUGUUGUUUAAUUUCAUGCUAGGUUUUCCAAAAAGCCUUUCCCAUCAAACAAUUGUCACUACAACAGGUUGGAAGUUGCCCAUAUUUCUAACAAAUAUUUUUCUUCAGGGUAAGGAUGUAUAUGUCUAUUUGUGUGUUUGAUAUAAAUGCACAUGAUAUAAAAGUCCUCACUCACUGUCGGGUUAAAUGGCUUUAUAUUGGUAAAGAUUUUAAAUAAAUUAUAAUGUCCAAAAAUGUUUUUGAAGAC